AUAGAAAAAAGAAAUCUCAGUAAUAAAACAAGUCGUGUUAUGAGUGGCCAUUCUGUGUCUAUCCUGUGUGUAUUUAGUUGACAACUGGUGUACUUUGAAAGUAAAUUGUCCCUAACCUUGCAAUGGAUGUCGAAGAGGUUGUGGUACCCUCUCAACAAAUCAAGGCCGAUACUGCUGCUCUGACUGAGAAGAAUAUACCACUGACUUGCAGUAUAUGUAGCGGAAAGUUUCACUCACCCAGGGCGUUGCCCUGCCUACAUACAUACUGCAAAACCUGUUUGAGCUCUUACAUUCAAGCAUAUCUGAGUGAGACAAACAAGGGCUCAUUCCCAUGUCCGGACUGCCAGGAAGAUACGCAACCAAUCGACCCAACACGCCCUUAUAUUGAAUGGGCUGAUGGUUUCCCGGAAAAUUUUUUCCUGACAGAUAUGAACAUAGAAAUAAUAAACGACAGCAAUAUUGCCAAUGACACUAACCGAAAAUCGAUUGGUUUAAAUAAAACAGUUCGAAAUCCUCGUUUAAGUUUCAGUGACACAGAUAUCUUUAAAAGCUCUGUUACGAAGUCAUUUGAUACGAAAACCUUUAAGGAACACACAGUGGUGUUAGAAAAAGAAGAGAAAAUUCUACAAACUUGCCAAAAGUUGGACGAAGCCAUGGUAUUGAAAAAAGAGGACGGAAACUUAAAAUCUCAGGACGAGUUAACAGAUUGUAAAAACGAAGAAAACACUACCAAGAUGCCCAAAGGAAGUGAAGUCGAAGAAGAAAAUGGUCUAUUGUUGCCAUUGGAAAAUAAAUUUACAGCUCAUCUUCCAGGUGUCGAAGUCCCUUCCAUUUUAAACAAUGCCAUAAUACUUCCGUCGGGGGAAGUAUUAGGGGUCGAUGUGAGAAAUCGACACGUGAAGAAAUUUUCCCUGUCCGGGAAAUUAAUUGGUUUGCUUCGUUUGAUGUCCGAACCAGGAGAUAUUGCUCUCCUUCCUGAAGGUGAAGCAUUGGUUACUUUGCCCCAAAAGUCAGAAAUCAUUACUUUUGAUCCUGAUAAAUCUAUGGAGGUAAUCGAUCAUAUCCCAACACCUCGAAAAUAUACGUGUAUCGCAGUAGGACAACCCGAAAAGUUAGUCGCUACGCACUGCGUGGAAAACUUCUGGUGCGUCGAUGUUCUCUCGUAUGCUUGUUAUAUUCUUUAUUCCAUUCAACGAAACUGCGUCGGAAAACCAAUGGGCCUUACAAUAUCCCCGAAUUUCGAUAUUAUAGUCUCAGAUACCCUAGAACGGUCUCUGAUCUCCUACAAGUGGGACGGUAGCAUCAAUUUUAUGUACAAACCAGACCCUUCCGAAAGUGACGAGUGUUUAGAAGAACCGCGUGGAGUUUGUUGUGGUCGAGACGGCUCAGUUUAUUUGGCUGACACGAAGAAUGACCGAAUCAUUCAUAUGAGCAAAACCGGAUUCUUUAAAAGGAUACUCUUGGAUGGAACUGACGGCAUCAGUCGCCCCGUGGGACUUUAUUUUAGUGAUAAAUCCAAACUGUUAGUGACCCAGGAAGAUGGUGUUGUAAAAAUAUUCGGCAUGUAAAAGGUAAUUUGCAACGACCCUGGUAAUAGUAGUAAUAAUAAUAAUAAUAAUAAUAAUAAUGAUAAUAAUAAUAAUAAUUUCUUUUAUUAGCCACAGGGUAUCACUCAGAAAAAAAAAAACUUGUCAUCACAAACAUUAAUAUCAAGUCAUUGUUUCUCUUUAUUUUUCUAAUUUUUAUAUUUUUUAAAACUUACUGGUUAUUAUUCAUUUACUUGCUACAAUUAUAAAAUAUAUUUUGAUUAUGAAUGUUUUGUUUUUGAAGGUACCUUUAUACUGUUGUUGUUGUUGUUAUUUAACCCCAGAUCUUACUGUCACCAUCCUGUCUUAUCUCCAUCAUAGUGUAUCUGGGAUGUUUCUCUUUAGUUGAUUUGAGGUUGGAAUAUAAGGGAUUUUUAAUCCAUGAAACUCCUAAACACUUACUGCUAUUUUCGCUGAUAAUAUGUAUGUACAUACACACACACACACACACACACACACACAACACACACACACGAGAGAGAGAGAU